UCCAGUCUUUCCCUCUCAAGCGGAAAGACAUGCCUUCCUUCGCCACCAAGGGUCUGGCCUCCCUGGCCCUGGGCGCCUCCCUGGUCCACGCCCAGCUCUGGGAUGAAGUCAUCCAGACCACCUACGGUCCGGUCCAGGGCUUCCAGUACUUCAACCAGUCGACGCUGGAGAAGUACUUCGGCGUCUCGGAGUCCAACGUGACCGCCUUCCUGGGCGUCCCCUUCGCCGCCGACACGGGCUACCAGAACCGCUGGAAGCCCCCGCAGCCACGCACCCCGUGGAACGAGACUCUGCACGCGACAGCCUUCGGCCCCGCGUGCCCCAGCAAGGACGCCACCACCAUCAGCGAGGACUGCCUCAGCCUGAACCUGUGGACCAACGCGGGCAGCAGCAGUGACAAGCUGCCCGUCAUGGUGUGGAACCAGGGCAGUGACGAGACCUCGGACGACGAGUGGUGGUACGGCGGCGGGAUGGCGCUGAAGGACGUGAUCCUGAUCACCUUCAACCGGCGCGACGACGCGUUUGGGUAUCUGGCGCACCCGGAGCUCAACGAGGAGGGCCUGCGGCUGACAGGCCACAACACCUCGGGCAAUUACGGAGUGCUGGACCAGCUGGAGGUGCUGAAGUGGGUGCGCAGCAACAUCGCCAACUUCGGGGGCGACCCCGAUCGGGUCGUGGUGGCGGGCCAGUCGUUUGGCUCGUCGCAGGUCUACCACGCGGUCAACAGCCCCCUGUUCAGCGGUUACUUCCACGGGGGCAUCUCCGAGUCCGGCAUCCGCUAUCCCUAUGACCCGCUGCUGGCCGGGCUGGCCACCUCCUACGUGAACAUGUCCGCCGCCCUCUUCCACGGCGUCAACUACACCACCUUCCACAAUGCCUCCAGCAUCGCGGAGAUGCGCACUCUCUCCAUGGAGGAUCUCCUGGUGGGCUCGCAGGACCGCGUCAACAGCACCUGGAUCGACCCCAUCACCGCCCUCUCCGCCGGAUACCCCUUGAUCUUCAAGCCCGUGCUGGACGGCUACGUCCUGCCCUCGACCUACCUGGAAACCCUGAUCAACGGCCCCGCCAACGACGUCCCCGUCAUCACCGGCAACACCAAGGACGAGUCCGGCGCCGCCACCACCACCUCCUACACCGUCGCGCAGUACGAGACCUACACGCGCCAGAAGUACGGCGACCUGUACGACGAGUACAUCCGCCUGUACCCGGACAACGGCACCGCGGCCACCGCCGACCGCUCCUGGAACGCCGCCGCGCGCGACGCCUCGCUCAUCGGCUCCUGGGCCUAUGCGACGGACUGGUACAAGGCCGCCUCCGCCGACUUCUACACCUACUACUGGACCCACGCCCCGCCCGGUCAGAACCAGGGCGCCUUCCACCAGUCCGAGAUCAUGUAUGCGUUGAACGCCCUGUACGCGAAUGUCGACACCUACCCAUUCACCGACGUGGACUGGGAGAUCCAGGAGAAAAUGUCCGCCUACUGGGCGAACUUCGCCAAGACGCUGGACCCUAACAAGGGCGGUUCCUACACGGGCAAUGGCACUUUGCCCGUGUGGACCCCGAACAGCAAGAAUGGAACCCAGGUCGUGAUGGAGCUGGGCAAUGGGUUUGGCAAUGUCCCGAUUGCUUCGAAGCCGCAGGUCAAGUUGAUCAUGGAGUGGUUCCACAAGCAGAUUCCGUACUGA